CCAUGGCGCCCGCGCCGCCAAUCCGCCCACCCCAAUAGCGGAGCCAGCUCGCCUGCCUGCGUGCCUGAGCCGAGCCGAGCCCGAACCCCAAGCCGCGCAGCCAGCACCUCCUCCAGUCGGGGUCGCCCGCUCCCGGCCGUUGAGCCACCGCCGCCACCCGGUAGUGUGUCCCGCUGCCCCAAUCCGCCUCAUCAACAAGCGCCUGGCACACUCAGCCAGGCCCGCGGGCAUCUGCUGCGUGUCCCGCUCCGGGCUCAGUGCCCUCGCCGCCGCCGGCACUGCCUCGAUGUUCCAGCUGCCCAUCUUGAAUUUCAGCCCCCAGCAAGUGGCCGGGGUAUGUGAGACCCUGGAAGAGAGCGGCGAUGUGGAGCGCCUGGGUCGCUUCCUCUGGUCGCUGCCCGUGGCCCCUGCGGCCUGCGAGGCCCUCAACAAGAAUGAGUCGGUGCUACGCGCACGAGCCAUCGUGGCCUUUCACGGUGGCAACUACCGCGAGCUCUAUCAUAUCCUGGAAAACCACAAGUUCACCAAGGAGUCGCACGCCAAGCUGCAGGCGCUGUGGCUUGAAGCACACUACCAGGAGGCUGAGAAGCUGCGUGGAAGGCCCCUGGGACCUGUGGACAAGUACCGAGUAAGGAAGAAGUUCCCGCUGCCGCGCACCAUUUGGGACGGCGAACAGAAGACACACUGCUUCAAGGAGCGCACGCGGCACCUGCUACGCGAGUGGUACCUGCAGGAUCCAUACCCUAACCCCAGCAAAAAGCGUGAGCUCGCCCAGGCAACCGGACUGACCCCUACGCAGGUGGGCAACUGGUUCAAAAACCGCCGACAAAGGGACCGAGCGGCUGCAGCCAAGAACAGACUCCAGCAGCAGGUCCUGUCACAGGGUUCCGGGCGGGCACUACGGGCGGAGGGCGACGGCACGCCAGAGGUGCUGGGCGUCGCCACCAGCCCGGCCGCCAGUCUAUCCAGCAAGGCGGCCACUUCAGCCAUCUCCAUCACGUCCAGCGACAGCGAGUGCGACAUCUGAGUUGCCCAUCCAGGAUGCUCAGAAGCAGAUUCCAGUGUAAAAAUGAGAAAAACAAAAUGAAAGAGGGAAAGAAGAUGAGAGACCUGCAAAUCCAGCGCCAGAGAAGCCAGGUGACCAGGGACCCGCGGGCUCGGGUUGCCGUUUCCCGCGCCACCCCGCGGCCGGCCUGGCUCCACUGGCGCCCUUUGGCCGCGACCACGGGAACCAGCGGUGAGGCCUGACCCAGCACCACGUUCUUCUUGCUUUGCUUUUUCCUAAGGAUUUUGCUGCAAAGUCGCCUUCGGAACCCGAACUGCAAGCUGAGCGCCUGCCCAGAUUCUCCCAUGGGUAUUUCACGUCGAAAGGACGCUGUUACAUAUGUAUAACUUUCGCUUUAAAGUUUUUUUUUUUUAACAAAACAUAUAUAUGCUGUUUAUUUACUUAUUUAAGAGACCGCCAUGGUAGGUUUCUCUGUAGCUUGGGGAACUUGCUGUUUCUAAACAUGCAGGCUGGUGGUGAUGGGUUCUGUGUGGAGAAGCCAAACAAUAAAACAACCUAGUGGGCAACCUUCUUAA